AUGUGUCAGGAAACACAUUACAAGUACAACUGCAAUGAUAAACACACAAAAUGUAUUGGCGUGGAAAAGAAAUGCCACCUCUCCUGGGCACCCCAUGGGAAGGUCAAGAUGAUAAGAGGCUACAUCAACGGCCCCUGUGAGGACUGCUCACGCAUCUUCCUCGCCCACCCUGCUCGACAAACAUACACCAUCACCCCCGCCACCCCCGUUGUUUACACUCCCGCACUUUCACCUGCACCAGUCAUCGUCAAUCCCGCCCAGACCAUACUCAUUCCAGCACCCCAACCAGCACAAAUCAUCCCCACCCCACCUCCUCCACCACCAGUCCCCACCCUCCCACAACAAACUCCCGGCCCCGGAUCCGCAGGCGCGCCUCUCGAUGUCCCAAAGGGUUGGAUCACCACAGGUGGCUGGGAAUGGAUGAAGAGCAAAAAUUGCUAUGAGUAUGUGGCCCAUUACAAAAAGGAUCCAGCAGCUCCCGCCACCAACCGAAUCCCAGCGAACAAGCAAGGAUUUAAUACCAUUCAUGGGGCUGAUCCAGGACCGCUGCCACCUGGAUGGGGAGCGCAGACUAAUCCGUUCCCGGCGAAGAUAGGAUUCAAUACGGCUCAUGGCGCAGAUCCUGGACCGCCGCCGCCUGGAAUGGGAGGAGCGGCGCCCGUUCCGAUACCAGCAGCUGUCUCUGCCAUGUUUUCUGCUCUAAGUCCGGCUCCUGUUCUUACACCGGUCUUUGCUUCACCUCCACCUCCUUCUCAAUCGCAAUCCCAAACACAGCCACAACUGCAAACUCGAUCCCAACCUCAACCUCAAGCUUCAGAUCGACCACAAGUUCGCUUUGCAACCCCGGUUGUUAUAACUGCCGGUGCCAACGCAACAAGCAACAACCCCCCAGGAGCGGGAACAGCGGCACCACACGGCCCGGAUUCGAACUCCGGAAACUUGACAGAGACUUCAACUGAGACAUCGGGAUCGGAUACUGAAACUUUUACGACGGGAUCAAGUACUAGCACUGCUACCGUGUAA